AUGACCGACUCCGCGGGAGGAACGCCGAGCGGUGCGACCGUGCGCGACGGACUGGCCCUCACCGAGGAUCUGAUUCGGCGCAAGGCGGAGCACAACGAGGGGAUGCUCUCGACGCUUGAGGAGGUUGCGCUGCACCAGCUCGACAUUGACCGGAUCGAGACGCUCAUGUCCAAAGCUGCUGCCGAUCAUCGCCUCGCCCGCGCCGCGCCGGCAAAAGCUUCCGCCCAAAAAGCGCGCAGCUGCUUGCGGAUCGUGCCGCGCGACGGGGAGGGCGCCGCCCGCGCGGAGCUUGCUAUGGAGGAGCCUCCUCUCGGUGACGAGUGGGAGGACGAGGAAGAGGUGCCCGCACUGCUCUGA